AUGGAUAAGAAUGAGACUCAGCCAUUGACUGAGCCCCAGAAGUCUGCAGAAUGGCUACAGAUAGUUGUGUCUGUUUCUUCUCUACCCCAACUCCCACCCCUCACACAUGCUACUCUGUACUCUGAAAGACCUACUGUUUGCAAACUUGCCAGAGCAUUAGCCAGUCUUUGUACAAAACACUUCUGGGACAGCAGAAUGUAUGAGUCUUGCAUCAGGAAGCAGGGCUGCGCUGGGUUUGGGGGUGCCAUAAUCCCAUCUCCAGCUGGGCAUCAGCUUCAGUUUAGCUGCGGAAGCCAUAGACCAAGAUGGAUUGAGUGGAUGAGUUUUUGCUUCUUGUAUUUCCCUGAAGUUAGUUCGUUGUCUUAUAGCUCCCUUCAUCUUCCACAAAUAGCCCACUCUUAA